GUCUAUCACUUUUGUUGUGUUUGCGUUUCAGUAGGUACGUCUACUUUUCCUGAAUUUUUGUUAAUUUCAGCUUUUCCAAUUUGGAAAUGAAGCAGUUUACUAUUUCAUAACGUGAUGCGUAGUGAUAUAAUUACCAAAUUAAGGUGAAGAUCUUAGAAAUAUAGUUGUAUUUUAAAUAAAUACAACAGCAGUAUCAUUUGUAUUCAGUUUUAAAAGUAAAAAAAAAACAUAAUAAAGUGCAUAAGCUUUGUACUGUGACCACAGUGAGUCAUUGAGUCCUUCUGUCCUUUGAAAAGGUCAUGUCUGUCAAAACAUUUUGAUGGAGUGAGUUUUAAUAAGUAAACAAAAUAUUUUCGUAACUUCGAAAUUAAAUAACAUCGCAAGUAUGAGUUUUCCCCUGCCCUUAGCCCCUUGUUCUAAAAGAGAUGGAGGUAAUGGAAUUAGUUGUGAACAGUUUGAAUAUGCCAGCAGCGUGGCUACAACAUUAAUGGCACCUGUAAAAACUGAUAGAGAAAUAUUGGAGCAUUCCAUGUCAGAGGAUGAUCCCAAUGCAAACACCCAAGUGCCAAGUGUGGUGGGGUCUCAGCUGCGUUGGGGGCCUCGGCACAAAGGAGCACAGGAGUUGGCUGAGCUAUACAGUCCAGGAAAAAGGCUGCAAGAGUCAAUUUGUGUGGUUGUGUGUUGCACUUUGUGUGUGUAUGCUGGAGUCCUCAUGACAAGGCAUAUUUACUUUGAUGCAUAUUUACUGUUUGCCGUGCUAGCUGGUGUGCUCACAGCUGACUUUGCCUCUGGCGUGGCACACUGGGCUGCUGACACUUGGGGUUCGGUGGAUCUACCUAUUAUAGGAAAAAAUUUUCUUAGACCUUUCCGUGAGCACCACAUUGACCCUACAUCAAUUACCCGACAUGAUUUUAUAGAAACCAAUGGCGACAAUUUUGCUAUAACCAUUCCAGUAUUAGCACGAAUUGUAUGGCAGCUAUCAUGCUAUGAUAAUGAAACCAUUCAUGUCAAUUUUCACUGGAUAGCCUACUGGUAUCUAUGCUGCAUUUUUGUGGCCAUGACCAAUCAGAUCCACAAAUGGUCGCACACGUACUUCGGGCUGCCGGGCUGGGUGGUGGCGCUGCAAGAGUGGCGCGUGGUGCUGCCGCGCCGCCACCACCGCGUGCACCACGUGGCGCCGCACGAGACUUACUUCUGCAUCACCACCGGCUGGCUCAACUGGCCGCUGGAGCUCAUCCGCUUCUGGUCCACCCUCGAGACCGUCAUAGAGGCGCUCACCGGCUGCAAGCCGCGCGCCGAUGACAUGAAGUGGGCGCAAAAGAAAACAUAGAAUUGGCGAGGUUCGCUUUCUUUCUUCAUUUGGCGUUAAGGUACCUACACGAUAAGAGUACGCAAGGAUUGAGUAUUGAGUUGAGUACCUACGUAACUGUCGGAUGCUGGUCGUAAUGUGACCCGCGAGGUCGUGUACAACGACAGCCAAUCUGCAGAAUCAUUCAUACGAGCGGGCCAGGCCAGGGCCCCGAGCUUACUCAUAUCAUGUACACGCCGCCGCCGCCGCUUUAAAAUGAUUGUGAUAGUCCUUGUACGAUGGAAGGUGACCGCCUGGUUUUACCUCAAUUCAAUUAUUAUGUGUUAGAAAUUAAUUUACUAAUAAUACCUACCUAUAUUUUUGCAUCUCUAUUAUCGAUUAUACGGAUGCUUAAUCCUAUUCGGUAGCAAAUAUGCUAGCAUAGAUUUAGACCAAAGAAAAUUGUGAUUUUAAUAUAGUAAUGACUAACACUAACGAUGUAUUCGUAAAAGAUUCAUAAUAUUUAAGGAAAGUGCUGGGAAAUUAAUUUUAAAUAUUGUUGUUAGGUAUGACCGAUAUCUGUAAAUCACAAAGGUAAAAUUAUUCAUAAUUGCUGCAUGUCUUUAUCUGUUGAGCUCAAAUAUAAAUGAUAGAUAUUCAAUAGCUAUUAAGAUUUACCUAUUUGGUUUACAAUUAUAAGUAUUCGUAAGUUAAGUGCCUGACUGCCCGGCUGAGUAUUUCUAGAUAUGCGUGCAGUUUACUCUAAAGAGACUGUCGAGAACCCGCACUCUGCACAAGGGUACCUAUACUUUUGGACGUAUAACAUGAAAUUAUUUAUUGUAACUAUCUUUUUUCACAAAGAAACAUAAAAAAUAACCUCGUUUUAUAGCUUUAACGGACAGUGAUUACAAUAUACACAUCUUAGUAAGUAUUUAUGUAAGUUAUAAUAUUUACGUUACGUGAAUAGGGACCACAUCACAGAGGAAUACAAAUUUGGUCUGAUAGGGAUUUUGUCUACGUAGGUAGGUACUGUCCUUUUUUGUAUAACAUUAAUCCGUCCAAUGUGUUCAACGUAAUGAACUCGUGCUAUUAAGUCCCUGAAGGGAUCGGUCAACCUUAUUGCUGCACCCACUUUUUGUGAGGCUAAUUUUAAUAGCAAUGUACCUCAAAUACGAAAUAUAGAUUACUACUGAAAAGAUUAUAAAAACUAAUACAGUAAAUAUCAACCUAUCAAAUCUACCUGUAAUUCUCAGUAGCCCGGGAUCAAAGUCUGGUCUCUAUGGUGUGUGCCGACUGUUUCGACCGCUGCACCUGAAGUUAUUAUAAAUAUUAACGUGAAAUACUUGUGCCUUGUUAAAGUAACAGCUUAGUGUAUUGGUGAAUAAGAUUAUUAUAUUUCUUAAAGCUUUAGCAAUACGAAAAUAAAUGUUUAUAUUUACUACUUCA